CGGAACAGUCGAUCGAGAGUGUACGAUAUAUAACAUAAACACUAACGCCAUCUAUAAUUGUACAUCGCAAAGUAUUUUAAAUAUAUUGGAAUAUGUCUACUAACCAGGAAAAAACAGGACCACCACCAUCAUACAACCAAGCAGCAUAUCCCAAUACUCAGCCUCAGCCUCAGUAUGGAUACGGGAACCAGUACAACCAGUAUCCAGGAAGUCAAUAUCCGCCGCAAGGUGGCGUUCAGGGCCAGUAUCCCGGUCAAUUUCAGCAGCACAAUGUUGUGGUUGCACAGCCCGGGCCUACAAUGGUCGUAGCCCAGCCCCCUCAACAAGACUGGAUGGUACCCGCUAUUCUCUCGUGUUUGUGCUGCUUCUGGCCAACGGGGAUAUUUGCCAUCCUUGCCGCUAAUAAGGCAAAAAAUGCAGCUGCUGUUGGUGAUGUAGCGGAAGCACAGGAACAGUCAGGACGCGCGCGCACACUUGUCAUCGUUUCCGUUGUGAUUGGAGUUAUUGUCAUUGCACUUUCCGUGAUACUGCGAGUGGUUCUCUACUCUAGUUACUCACGUUACUGAAACAAAGACGUCGUAAUCACAUGACUUCAUAGCGAGGGCUAUGUAAAUUGUGACAUGUUUAAUCCUGAUUCUGGAAUAUUCAUAUACACGUAUAUCACCGUAUAUGUUUAAAGGUUAAAGUGAACAAAGUAUGUACAAUCAAUUUGAUAUAAUAAAUCAUGUUGUAAAUUGUGUUGUUAGGUAUACUUGUGGGUAACUGUCUGCUUUUUAAUGCCAGAGAAAACUUGACAUUUUUUAACAAUAUGCUCCUAGUUUGAUGCAUGAAAUGUCUUCUUUUUCUCAUUAUGUAUUGUAUAUAACAUGUUGCAUGUUCUUCCCUUAGACAGAUUUUCAUGUAUGUAUAUUUCUACAUUUUAUACAGUGAAAACAUAUGCUGAUAAAGGCGAGAAUAUGGUAUGCUUAUGUAUGCCAUUACGAAUUUAGCAUAUUGAAAAUGUUAGAUAUUGUACAUGUAAGUGUAUUAGCUCAGUUAAUUUUAGGAGAGUUUAUUAAUUUUGAUAAUACAGUUUUAUUGAACUCAUAUUGUUGAAUAUUUGUACAAGUAAGCCGUAAAAUGUUUUACAGCCAAUAAUUAGCUCUGUAUCUCUUAUACUGUAUCCUAAUACAUGUAGCUAAUACUUUUUUCUUGUUGAUUUUCAUUGUAAAUUGAUUUUUUUAAAUUAAAAAAUACAAUUUAAUGAGGAUUUUUAGUACAUUUUAUAUCGCCAGUAUAGGCGUGCAAUAUCUGCAUCUCUUCUGUAAGUGUUCAAUAUAUGCAAUUCCAAACAUCCUAUCAUGAAUUAUGAGUUUCUUGAAUAUGAAGGGCUUCCUCAAGGCCGAUACACACUAUAUUAUUAGUAAAUAAUUAAAAAGAAAAAAAAAACCCACAUAUUUCAUCAAUCCGUGCCGUUAAUAUAAAACAAUCCCAUAAUUAUAUAUUUUGUUUAAUCUGUGCAGCUUUGAAAGGUCAUUUUAAGGCUAAGCUAUAGUGCAAUGAAUCGUUGCAGAAAUAACGCUGAAAUACUGUAUAAUUAUAAAUAAGAUUGUUUUUUUUUCAGGUUCAAAAUGCUUAAAUCGUUAAUCUUAGAUUUGUAUUGAAGUGGGAUAAAGUACAUUUUCUAAUUAGGAAUAACUUCCUGGAAAAUGCUUAAGUUUUAGACACCUGUCGUAAAAUGUUUUGAAUCAAUAUACUCAUAGAUUGACAAAAGACUACUUGAAAAUGACAGAGUAUUUUCUGUUGCCUUUUUUUUUUAAUUUUAGAUGAAAAAGUGUCCUUCUUAAAAGAUAAAUAAAUUAGGCACAGGGAAAAAAUCUUAUUCUUAUCAAUGAUAGGUACGAAAGAACACAUUUGAAAGAGAUAGGGUUUUCAAAUUUUGACGUUUCAUCGAAAUAAGGUUAAGUUUCUUAAAUUAAAAAUAACUUCCUCCAGAACUUAAAAAGAAAAAAUUGAAAAAAGCGUUGUUGAUUUAAAUUUAAGUAAUGCAGACCAGGAAGAAGUUCGAUCCUUUUGACACGGGGUACUUGAGAACUGGAUUAGUUAGUCAAAACCUCAUUGGACGAAUCGUUAAGGACGUAAUACUGCGCAGUAGAACGCAAUUAAAGGGUAAAUUAUUGGGAAACCCCUAUUUUUAAUUUGUUUGUUUGUCAGUUAUGCUACAACUUAACGUCAAUAAACAGUCUUUGUGAAAGUGAA